CAUACUUUUAUCUUUUUUCACUUCCAUCACGCUGGCCAUAACACUCUGUUGCUAAGGAAACACGCUGAAGUUUUCAAACAAAAACAACUUGCACCAGGGUUCUUGUUUUAUAAUUAAAGGAUUUGCGUUUGAAUUAAUAAAUAUGGACGAUUUAACGGAUUACUCCUCGGAAAUCAUUGAGUUUUUACCAACAAAGCAAUUGGAAAAACAAAGUAAAGUCGUCGAAGCAUGUGUUAACACAGAUCCUGAAUCGCCAAGUCAGGAUAAAUCAGUGGAGACUACGCCACAUUCUAAUACCAGCACUCAAACGGAGCUCUUUACUUCGCAGAAUUGUGAAGUUGAUGAGAGGAAGCUUGCCAAUUGGUUACGCAAGAUUUGCCCAGCCGUUGAACAACAACUUCUCAAGGGACCUACACCCCUCAGUGAUGGCUACGAUAGUACUAACUCCUUUGCUGAACAGUAUAACAUACAAACAUAUCAAAAGAUCGCCAUGGGUGCAGUGGAAAACUCACAAGGAAUUGCCGCUUGGUUAUCGGUGCACACCAAUAAUGCACCCAUAUUGGUAGCUAGCACCAAGGCACCACACGAUGACUGGUGCGACCAUCUUCAGCAGACACUGAAACUUUUCGUGCCAAAACGCAUACCAACCGGAAACUUAGUUAUGUACAAUGAAGUGAAAAGUGUGCCGCUGAAGUCAUGCCUGAACUGCUUCAAUACGAAUGGUUAUAAUAAGAAUAUAUUUGCUGGUUCUACAAUGGAUGGCGACAUAUAUAUAUGGCUGUGCAGUUCAGGUGGUCGAGGUGAUGGUAACAAUUUAAGAUCCAACACAGCUGGGGCACAUGAAAUUGAAGAACUCUGUUGUACGACAUCGCCACACGGCUGCGCUGUAGCAUUGAAUUGGCCAAGUGAAAAUCGGCUGCUCAGCUUUCACUCAAAUGGCACAAUCAUCUGUUGGGCUGUGGGCAAAGAAUUGCUUUUGGAAAAUGAAUUCCAGCUGCGUCCUCAGCUAAAUGCCUCAAACGAGAUCACAGCAGCAGUUUGCUUGAGUUCAAAUACUUUCGCGGUCGGCGUCAAAGAUGGCUCUAUAUUUUUAUGUACGAUUACCAGUUUCGGCGGAGUCAGAAAACAGAUGGAAAUAUUACCUUUGAAAAAACAUUCAUUUAUGGUAUCAACUUUAUUAAAAUCUUGUAUAAACGACUAUCCUACUAUAACAAGUUGUGAUUUAAGCGGUCAAGUUUACUAUCACAGCAUAACUAAUAUGGAAGAGGAAAAUCAAAAUGUUAUACAUAUACCGCUACCUUUCAAAAACGCUAUCGCCUGUUCAAAAGAUGGAAAUGUUGUCUACUGUCCAGGAAUUGACGGAUCUUUGGAGUGUUACAGCGUGCGCGAUGGGGCCCAUACCAUUAUUCAAGGUUCUUUGCGUGGCAAAGGGAAUUUCAUCGCAUCCAGUGACAAUGGAAACUGGAUUAUUACUGGACUUUACCAAGGCGAUUUUCAGAUAUUUUACAUAGAGAACUGAGUAAAUGUGAGGAUUAGGUACAGAAUAUAAUUUUAUAAGAUAUGCACCACCGCUCCCAAAUACUUAGUCGAAGAUCUUUUUAAACACUCAGCGGACCAAAUGCUCGCUUUAACCCGGUAAAACACUAGCAAACGAAAUUUUUUGAAAAAUUUUGCUGGAGGAAUGUACAAGAGAAAAAAUAAAAUAAGAACUCAUUUUAUAUUAAAUGUAAUUUAUUAUCUAUGAUUUUACUAUAUACAUAUGUAUUCAUUAUAUGCGUUGGUAAUCUAACUUAUACACAAAUAUUUGCUUUUUUAAACUAUUGUAUAACAUUCCAAGACUGGACAAGAAGUCAUAAAUCAUAUCCAAACUAAAAUAUUAAUGCAUAUACAUAUACAUAUGCGUGGCCUGUUAGUUAUGAGAUAUAUAGUACAUAGGUACAUAUUCUUGUGAUUUCUCAUAAACAAGUAAAGAUGUUAUCAAAAAAAAUUAUUAGAUUUGUUAACAAAUCACAGACAUAAAAUGGUUAAUAAAUAUGAUUCUCUACUAUAAUACAUACAUACAUUUUCCCAUACCUUGAUUUGUGUUAGUUAUAACAGAAAAACAUUGAAUAUAUAUAUAUCAAAAAUAAUUUUGAGUAAAAACAAUGAUCCAAAAACGAGGAAGACUAUGCGGAAACUAUAUACAGGCAACGAAAAAAAAAUGUACCCACUAGUAUAUUUAUUUGUUACGUAAUCGUCGCUUCUAAGUAUUUUGUACAUUUUUUAUCAGCCAGAAAUCAAACAACUAAGCGUUAAAAGGGACCAUAUGGGCAAAUCCCAGAAAUAGUCAAGCCAAAACGUAAAAAAUGCAUGUAUUUGAAAUUCUCACAUUUUCCAAUCAAUAAUGGCAUUGUACAAUUACAUAUAUUAAAUUCAAAUUUCUUUUUACACUGAUUUGAAAAAUGUAAUUUGGCCUUCUUACUUCAUGAAACAAAGCUCUGAAUAGCCUCAAUGGUAAGCACUAUUAUCUUUAAUUAAAAUACCACGCUUUCGCUUAAAAAUAAAUUUUCUUAGUGA